UUAAGAAGCCAAAGUGUGGUACAACUAGAAAUACUUACCUGCCGUAAAACAAGAACUGGAUUUCUGCUUCAAGAAACAAAGCAGCAGAAAGAUUUAUUCCUUAAAUUUUGUGUUUUUCUGUGAUAAAAUAAGAUACAAACGGAGAGAAAAGGUCAAAGGGCAGAUACAGUAAGACACAGACGAAUACACAAAAAGUGGAGAGAGAGAGAGAGAGAGAGAGAGAGAGAGAGAGAGAGAGAGAGAGCGUGGUGACUGGGUAUGGAGAUGCUGUGGACAUGGCUGCUGAGUUUCUUCUUCAUUCUAGCUUUGUUAUGCAUUCUGGGUUAUCAGCUUGUGUGCUUGGUGGACCUCGAGUAUGACUACAUCAACCCAUAUGAUUCAUCAUCUCGGAUAAACAAUGUCAUUUUGCCAGAAUUUGUUAUUCAAGGAGUUUUGUGCUUCAUUCUUCUUAUAGCGCGACAUUGGUUCAUGCUUUUCAUGGCUCUGCCACACCUAUAUUAUAAUGUCAAUUUGUAUGUGACGAGACGACACUUGGUAGAUGUGACUGAGAUCUAUAACCAACUGAGCUGGGAGAAAAAGCAACGCUUUUUUAAGAUUGGCUAUCUUUUGGUCCUAUUCAUUCUUUCUUUAUUCUGGUUGCUUUGGAGCAUUGGAGAUGAAUACGAAUAACCAGGCAUCAUUGCUCCCACCAAGCUUUGUCCAUUGUUUUUAUGAUGGAGCCAGAGAGACGGACACUUGUGGCUGUAAAAUCAGGAUUUGUGCGUAAUUCAGCCUGGUUUUGGCACCUGAUUUGUUAAAGUUUUUGUGUAUAUGCUUUCACUCAUCCCUUGUACCCAUAAAUUUUAUCUCAAUUACAAUGUGAAGCAGCAUAAGUUACAAUGUGGCACAGAAAAUUUUUGCAUCCUCCUUUACCCUUGACAAAUUGAUUUGGGAGCCAUCCCCUUUUGGGAAAUUUUCCUUUCUCUUCUAGUUAUGAUCUAAUUUGAAUGAGACAGUGAUUGUGCUUGGGAAAAAGUUAUUUGCCGGCAUUUCA